AUGUUUUCUUCAAGGCGUUUUUUCACUCAAACUAUUCGGUUUUAUUCUAGCGGUAAACCUCUUGUCAAGUUUGAAAAUGCAAAUGUCUAUCGAUUUGGUUCAAAGGAGCCUGCGUUUAAGAAUCUGACAUUGACAUUAAACAGUCAUGACCGUUUAGUCAUUGUCGGACCUGUCAGUGCAGGAAAGACCACGUUGGCAGAGACUAUUGCAGGAAAGCAUUUGAUUCAACCUUUGUCAGCAGCUAGUUGGCCAAUCAUUGACAAGUCUGUAUCACCUUAUGCGUCAGAUUAUAUUCAUUUGGUCUCGUUCAGAGAAAGCUCAGGUAGCUUCUCUUAUAGUAAACAUUAUUACCAAGAACGAUUUAAUUUCAGUGACCCUGAUGAUGAUAUCACUUUGGAAAAUUACUUGAACGGUGAUGGAAAGUAUGAUGUAGAAAGGGUCAAAGAAAUAGCCAAACAGCUCAAUGUAGAUCAUUUAUUACCUCUUUCCUUUUUGAAAUUAUCAAAUGGUCAAACGAGACGUGCGAGAAUAGCAAAGGCGCUUUUAAAGAACCCCUCCAUGCUAGUGCUUGAUGAACCUCUAAUGGGCCUCGAUGUUGAGCAUCGUCAGCACCUGCUUGAUGUACUCGGUGACUUGACCAUCAAAUCCUCUGUUCCCAUCGUUCUCGUGCUCAGACCACAAGACGAAUUCCCAUCAUGGGCAACAGAUGUCGUCGAGCUUCAAGACAUGGCUAUUGGCUGGAAGGGAAAGCCAAAGGAGUUCCAAAUCAGGCGUGAGGCCAACAAGAAAAAGACGGAAAAAGCAAGAGAGUGUCUAGAAAAGCAGACAGAUACAAGUUCAAAUGAGCCUGUUGUAGAAAUGAAAAAUGUCAGAGUCUCUUACGGCGGCAAACCUAUCCUUCAAGAUAUCACCUGGACCGUUCGCAAGGGCGAAAGAUGGGCACUUUUAGGACCCAAUGGUUCAGGAAAGACGACACUCUUGGCAUUCCUGACAGGUGAUCAUCCCCAGGCUUAUGCCAAUGAUCUUUCUCUCUUUGGAAGACGUCGUGGCACGGGUGAAUCUAUCUGGGAAAUCAAGCAGAGAGUAGGCAUGGUAAGCCCUGAGAUUCAUCUCUAUUUUAAUCAAAACCUGUCAGCUUUGGAAGCAGCAGGUACAGGAUUCUUUGAUGUUGUUGUUCCCCGGCCGUUAAAUGAUCAGCAAACGAGCCAGAUCAAGAGUCUCUUUUAUGAGUUUGGCAUAGAGAGAAUGCUUCACCAUAAACUCAGAGAUAUGUCUACGGGUGAGCAACGUAUGGUUUUGCUCAUUCGAUCUUUGGUAAAAAUGCCAGAUUUAGUCAUUUGGGAUGAACCCUUCCAAGGCCUGGAUGAUACAUUGAUAGAUAAUGUCAACAGAUGGUUAGAGAAUCAUAUGCGUCAAGAUCAGACAUUGAUCAUGGUCACUCAUCAUGAAGAAGAGAUACCAGAGACAGUAACAAAACGGUUUAAACUUGGAUCAGGCGGCGUCCAAGCCAACUAA